AUGGCCCAGUCGUCGUUGCAAGGCUGAGGUGUUUGACGGCAAUAAAAACCGAAAAAAAAAAAGUAAACACGACGGCCUCAGAGAGCCUGAGAAAAUCCACGCGGAGUCCGCUAGAAUUUUUUUUUCCCCACCGGUUCUAGAUUGAGAGCCUGAUGAUGAUGCAAGGACCAACUGCUACACACGCAGAAAUAGCUGAAUAAAUUCAGAGUUCAGGUCCAACUGGGCGGCUGCUGCUGCUGCUGCUGCUCGUCUUUGCUGACCUUGCCACCGGCGAUCGGCAGAGAAGCCAAAGAAAGAGGGGAAAGAGAGGAGAGGGGAGGAGGUGGAGGCGAUCCAUGGCUGGCAGGUCGAGGUACGACAACCCCUUCGAGGAGAGCGGCGGCGAUGAGGUCAACCCCUUCUCGGAGAAAACUUCUAAAGGAGGAUCAGCCGGUCAAUCCAGCUAUUCCGGAGGGGCAUUCUAUACAACACAAUCACGCCCUUCUCCUCCGAGCACUCGGCUUUCGCCUCUUCCUCCUGAGCCAGCUGACUUCUACAAUGACUUUGCUACCCCAGUAGAUAUUCCAAUGGACACGAGCAAGGAUAUGAAGACUAGGGAGAAGGACCUUCUUGCAAAGGAAGCUGAACUAAACAGGCGAGAGAAGGAAAUCAAAAGGAGAGAGGAGGCUGCAGCACGAGCUGGUAUUGUGUUGGAAGAGAAAAACUGGCCUCCAUUUUUCCCCAUCAUUCAUAAUGAUAUUGGCAAUGAGAUACCUGUCCACUUGCAAAGAACCCAAUAUGUCGCAUUUGCGUCACUCUUAGGAUUGGUCCUGUGCUUGUUUUGGAACAUCGUCUGUGUUACGGCUGCUUGGAUUAAAGGGGAAGGUCCUAAGAUAUGGUUUCUUGCCGUCAUCUACUUCAUUCUUGGGUGCCCAGGUGCCUACUAUCUGUGGUACCGACCUCUUUAUCGUGCUAUGAGGAAUGAGAGUGCUCUGAAAUUUGGGUGGUUUUUCCUGUUCUACUUGGUCCACAUCGCUUUCUGUGUGUAUGCAGCUGUUUCUCCAUCAAUUCUAUUUGUAGGGAAAUCAUUGACAGGAAUUUUUCCAGCAAUCAGCUUAAUAGGCAAGACUGUUAUCGUUGGGGUGUUCUACUUUCUUGGCUUCGCAAUGUUCUGCCUGGAGUCAUUGCUGAGCAUGUGGGUCAUUCAGCGUGUGUACCUCUACUUCCGGGGCAGCGGGAAAGAGGCCGAGAUGAAGCGCGAGGCCGCACGCAGCGCAGCGAGGGCAGCGUUUUGAUGAUGCUGUACAUAUGUGACACGCAUGCACACACACCUUCGUUUGGUUUGGAAAAAAAAGAAGCAGAGUGCUUUGUAAAUUUGGAGACUUUGGAGUAGUAGUAGUAGUGUUGUAAGUUCUUCUUCUUAUGAUACGUAGUAUUAGGAUUUUAUCAUUUUGUGACAUGCUUUGAGAUUUUUUUUUUCAUUGUCCAUUUCUUCUACCAUGCUCGAUCUCACAGUUUCAUGCUUUGCAAUUUAGGGAUACCAGUAUUAUUAUUGAGAAAAUCUAAAAAAUGCCAUUGACAAACGUCUAAGGCUGAAAAAUGCCAUUAACGAACGUGAGUUCUAAGAAAUAUCAUUGUAUAAACGAAUUUGUUUGAGAAAUAUCAUUGCCGUUAGGUUUUCAUCUAUUUUUUGCCGUUAAAUAUAUUGUUCAUAUUAUAGCACUUAACAAAAAAAAGUUAACGGAACUCUAAUGGCGAUGACAUUUCUUAAACAAAUUCAUUUAUAUGAUAGCAGUUUGUAGAACUCACGCUCGUCGAUGAUAUUUCUUCGAACUAAGUGUUUGCCAAUGAUAUUUGUUAGAUUUUCUCUUUAUUAUUAUAUACAUAUGAUUGAGACAAAUAUGUGGGCAUUAGGAGUUGCCAGACCUGUGAAUGUACUAACAUUGUAACAAAGCAUAUUUUUCUGCAUGUUGUUUCUAAACAUGA